GGACUUCCUGGUGGAGUGCCUCUCGGCGACAGUGGAUGAAAGGGCACCUGAAUAUCCAGUCUAGGUCCUGUACAUGGAUGGAGCUGCUAAUAUUGAAGGGUCGGGUGCUGGGGUUGUAUUAGUGGGCCCAGAUGGCUUUAAAUCCGAGCAUGCAUUGAAGUUUAAGUUUCAGACAACAGAUAAUGUUGCAGAAUAUGAAGCCCUUAUUUAUGGUUUGAAGUUGGCGUCCGAGCUAAAAGUUCAGAACAUAAAGAUUUUCAGUGAUUCUCAGCUCGUUGUGGGCCAAGUGAACGCUCAGUCAUUUGUGUACAGGUUCGGCAUACCUAAACGGAUCAUCACUGACAAUGGUCCACAGUUCCGAGCCGCAGCAUUGAGGUCGUUCUGUGACGACUAUGGUAUUGAGCUCGCCUUGACAUCUGUGUAUGCUCCACAGUCAAAUGGACAAGUCAAGUCCACCAAUAAAAUCGUCUUGCGAGGCCUCAAGACGCGUGUUUUAGCUGCACAGUCUAAUUGGGUUGAUGAGCUCAAUAAAGUGCUUUGGUCAUGUCGCAUUACACCUAGCUCGGCCACAAGCGAAACCCCAUUCAGCCUUGCCUAUGGAGUUGAGGCCAUUAUCCCUGUAGAGGUCGGUUGCCAUCUAAUAGAGCAGGUUGGCACAACGAUCAUAACAAUGAGCAACUUUUAAGAGAGAACCUAGACCUUGUGGAAGAGGUCAGGGAGAUGUCUCGAAUAAGAAAUAUGGUGCAUCAAA